GCCAUUUUGUUUCUUAGCCGUUUGUUUUCAUCUUCUGGCUUUGAGUCGCGAAUAAUAGCAACAUGACAAGUCGUCGCCGGUGGAAGCUCCCGUGACCAAAACAAGACAAAGCAAAGCAUGUGGCGAGUGAAAGGACUCGCGUGGAGAGUGCUCCACCGAUACCACACCAGCACCUCGCUGCGCCUUCCCCAGAAUCACCAUGUGGAAGAUGAGGUCCUCAACACCUCCACUGUCCUCUCCACCUCCAGAAACUCCUCGGACAGCAGCUCCCAUAAAGAGGAGGACGGCGAGAGGAGGAAGAAACAGAGGGCCUUUAAAUUCUCUUCCACCUCGCUGCCUCGCUACACGGCCCUGGAUGCCGUGGGAUGGGGUGCGACAGCAGUGCUGUUCAUGCAGAUCUGCCGGCGAAUUCACUCCACUUUCUCUUCGUGCACCGAGUCCGGUCCGACCUCGGGAGUCCAGACGCCGCCGCCGAAUUUGCACAAGUGCGGCUACCGCCUCCUGCUGGAUAUCUUGUCAAGCAAUGAUAUGGUCCUUAGAGGAAAGAGCGUGUUGUGUCUGCACAAUCAGUCCUUGAGUAGCAGCAGCAGUGGUGGAAGUGAGGCCGCCUCAAGCAGGAGUGAGCGCAACCCCCUGACUGCCAACACAUCCGUCUCCAACUACCCGGGGGCGCUCGGCCAGGAUUCGUCUUGCCAAGGUGAUGCAUCCAUGUCCGCGUGCUGCCCGCAAGAGAAUGUUUUUGAGAAAGAGGGCGCGGAAACAGACCAUGCUGAUGACAAGUGUAUGUUGGUAGGCAAGGCGAGACUGGCGGAAGCAGCACAGAACUUGGAAAAAGUGUCAGACAGCAGCGUCCCAGUCAUCCUAAACAUUAUCGGCCUCCAAAGAGCCGAAAGCGGCAACCACGAGGAAGCUUUCUCGUGUUUCCUGGCCGCAGCUCAGCGGGGCUACGGCAAGGCUCUGUUUAACGUCGGCGUCUGUUACGAGAAGGGCAGAGGCGUCGGCAAGGAUCGGGAGAAGGCGUCCCAUUACUAUUGGCGGGCAGCAGUGGCGGGUCACCAGCAGUCUCGGUACCGAUGCGCAAAACUUCUCUUGACCAGCAAAGGGCACCAAAGUGAAGAAAAGCUGAACACGGCCAUCGGCCUGCUGGAGAAGGCUGCUGCAGCUGGUCUGACAAAGGCUCAAUUAUGCCUCGCGUCUGUGUACUCCCGAGAGCCGGUGAGGGACGGCAGCAAGUCUGUGCACUACCUGCAGGUGGCAGCAGAGAGCAGCGAUCCUACUGCUCUGCUGCUGUUGGGUCAGUGCUACGAGAGCGGCUUCGGGGUCCGGCAGAACCUGAGUGCGGCGCUCGGACUGUACAAACGAGCCGCUCGGGCGGGCGACGAGCAGGCUCGGCUCUUGCUGACUCCUCCCGGCGAGACAGACGUCUUGCGCUCCAUCCGUUCUUCUCCGUGUUUCUCCGUGUCCGACCGGGACCUGCGGCGGCCGCUGUCCUCUCUGGCCGACCGUGUGCGCGCUGACGUCGCCCUUCCCUUCCUGCCUCACUCCUGGAGCACCGGGAGCAUGGACGCGGCCCCGGGGAUCACCUCCACCCCUCGGUACCUUCACCCCCAAAGCUUGGAGGGAAAAUCCUGCCAGUGGAUGUCACAGAUGAGCCACAGCAGAAGGAUGAAAGAGCCACCUGCAGCCCUGGAGCCGCAGGUUGCAGACCGGUGACUGUGAACGUGCGGCGGUCCCUAAUUUUGUGGGCGGAAGUCUUGACGCGCCUUUUACCGGAAAAUGGAAGCAGAUCCAUCGAGAACUCUUCCGGUUGUGACGUAAGCCUCGGAUGACGUG